AUGUUCGUCGUAGCCAACUCACUUCGUGGUACUCUAUGGAGGACCCUAGGUCGCACACUUCCUCGCUUUACUUCCACAUCCUCACCAGUGGCUCACGAUAUUAAAAGACCUUUGAAGGAUCCAUUCGUCCAUGUGCAAAUCAACGACAAGGACGACGGGGAAGAAUUUAUGUGCGACGAAGAGCCACUUUAUUUCGGAGAGGGCAAGCUCCAGAUUGUGAGAAAACUUGGAUGGGCAGGUAACUCCAACGUGUGGCUCGCGCGCACCCUGGGAAACGCGUAUCCAGCGAAAUAUGUUGCUGUCAAGGUUCUUACUGUCAACGCGACCGCAGGUGUGGUGAAAGGAUUUCUACGUGAGGUGGACUCUCUUGGGACCAUCAAAACAGCUAAUCCUAAUCACCCCGGCCACCAACACUGUCUUCAUCUCUACGACGUAAUCGUCGAAAAGAGUCGCCAUGGUCCUCACAUUUGCAUCGUGACCAACAUUCUGGGGGCGAACAUGAUCAGGCAUGCUUUCCCUGUCGCUGUCACUAAACGUAUAGUCAAACAAACACUUCUUGCUUUGGACUAUCUUCACCGCGAGUGCGACUUUGUACAUACAGAUGUGAAACCCGACAAUGUUCUUAUCUGUGUGGACUACGAAGAUGAAGCUAUAACUCGUCUCCUCGAAGAAACGCCAUCCGCGACAUACGAACCUCGUUUUGAGCCCAUUUUAUCUCCUGAACCUAUCAUCACAGUAAAGUCACAGCCGCUCCCUAAUUUUGGUCUUCGGGAGGAUGCGAGCAACCUCAAGGUUUGUUUGAUUGAUUAUGCAACACCCGCCAAAGAGCGCCGAGUAGAGCUGGCUCAACCUCUUCUCCUCCGCGCACCAGAAGUUACUUUGGGACAUGGGUGGUCUGCGCCCAUUGACGUAUGGUCCAUGGGAUGUUUAGUUUUCGAAUACCUGACUGGUGCAGCUAUGUUUCAACUCUCGGAGUCCUCCAUCAGCGUUGAAAAUCUUUGUCUCCAACAAAUCCUCGAACAUAUUGGUCCUUUCCCACCUAGCUUUUUGGAACGAUGUCAACGCCGGAGUGCUUUCUUUGAUGAACAAGGAUCACUGCGCGUUCACAAUCUGAUUCCUCAAGCAAUGGAAAGCUGUCUUAGAGCAUAUAAAGUUAUGGACGAGAAGGACAUAGCUCCUGCCGCUGCCUUUAUUCGGAAGUGUUUAACUAUUGAUCCCCACGUACGACCUACAGCCUUACAGCUACUCGACGACGAGUGGCUCACGAACGCGUGAGACGACGGCAUGGAUCUUCUGGUAUAAUUCAAAGUGCUUCUGAAGCCUUAGAUGUUGCACAUUUCACAAAUGAUCUUUAGACUCAUAAUAUGCAUCAUUACUGCGUCAUCAGUAAACCGGUGAGUUCUUGCUGGGGAUUAUGCU